ACCAGACGUAUCUCAAAUGUCGUCAUCACGCACAUAUCCGACCUGUCCUUGAAGCCAUAACACGAACAAGAUGGUUGCAUACUGGAGACAGGCAGGCCUCAGCUACAUCCGCUUCUCCGCUAUCUGCGCCAGCGCGGUGCGGGGGGCGAUGAAGCCGAAGUUCCAAGCCGUCGCUUUGAAGGCCGCAGAGGCCAACUUGAAGGUCUUAAAACCCAAAAAAUGAUUUGAGGCUGUGAUGUAUAGUUGUACCUUGAGUUGUGAGGUCCUUUCACUGUCCAGUCCUGCACACCAUGGACAGGACCAAAAAAAAAGAUGGAUGACAUCAAGAUGACCGGAAUGAAAUUAUUGUACUUUCAUUUGUAAUUUAAAAUCGUAUUAAAGAUGUCUGUUGGAAAUACA